AGCGGCGUGAGGGCAGAGGAGCCAAUGGGGAGGCGUGAUAUUCAGAGGGACUGAUGUUCUGGUGACGGUUGAGCUCACCGAUUUUUUCCUAUCGCCUCAGGACCGGCUCGGAUCCCGACGGUCCCGGCUCGGGAUGGCCUCCAGCUACAAGAAGGCACCACUGGGAGCUCCACCCCAGAGAAAGAAGGCAGCUCCCAAAACUGAGCUCACUGAAGAGCAGAAGCAGGAGAUCCGGGAGGCCUUUGAUUUAUUUGAUACAGAUGGGACUGGGACCAUUGAUGUGAAAGAAUUGAAGGUUGCUAUGAGAGCACUUGGGUUUGAACCCAGGAAAGAUGAGAUCAAGAAAAUGAUCUUAGAUAUUGACAAGGAGGGAACUGGAAAGAUAACCUACCACGACUUCUUAGGAGUGAUGACCCAGAAAAUGGCUGAAAAAGAUUCAAAAGAAGAGAUUCUGAAAGCCUUCAAACUGUUUGAUGAUGAUGAAACUGGCAAAAUCUCUUUCAAAAACCUCAAACGUGUGGCCAAAGAACUGGGGGAGAAUCUUACAGACGAGGAACUGCAGGAAAUGAUUGAUGAAGCUGAUCGGGAUGGAGAUGGAGAGGUCAAUGAGCAAGAGUUCUUGCGAAUCAUGAAGAAGACCAGCCUCUACUGAGAUGCUUGGCAGCUUGUGUGUGUGUAUUUUUUUGUUGAAUCUCAUUGUCUUGUCAGCUGAGUUCAACCUCCGUGGUGCCUGCUUUGGAAGGGAUCAGCAGCAG